UUUCUCUUGAUUCGUCAAACGACUGCUCCUCUCUUUCCUCUUCUAUAUCGCCAAGAUGUCCAGCUCCAGCUCCUUGAAGCGCUAUCAGCAUGGUUCCGGUCCCCACUGGGCCCUCGUCACUGGCGCUACGAAUGGCAUGGGUUUCGAAUGGGCUCGUCAGCUAGCCGCACUGGGCUUCUCCCUCUUGCUCCACGGUCGCAGCGCCGAGAAGCUCGAGACGACACGGCAGUCCAUCCUCGAGGGGCUUCCAGCAGGCAUCAAGUCAGAAGUAAAGAUUAGACCCGUCGUAGCAGAUGCGGGAUCGAACCCUCCGCAGAUGGCAGAACUGGAGGCAAUCCUCUCCGAAGGCGGGCUGAAUCUGCGAGUGGUGGUGAACAAUAUUGGGAUCACUAAUGAGGAGUACCCGAGAUUGGAGGACACGAGCGAUGAGGAUGUGAUCAAGAUGGCUACGCUGAAUAUGAUAUUUCCGAGCUUGGUGGCGAGGAAGACACUGCCGCUGCUGAAGAAGAGCCAGCCGAGCUUGAUGGUGAAUGUCUCUAGCUUGGGAGCUUGGGCGCCUAGUCCUUACCUCUCCGUCUACUCGGGAUCUAAGGCCUACAAUCUUCAAUUCUCUCGCGCAUUAUACAAUGAGAUGAUCCUAGAGAACGCUCAAGUCGAUGUCGUGGCCAUAGUCCCAGGAACGGUGAUCAGUGGCAUGAAUGACGGGCCACCUACAAGCUUCAUGCCUCUCUCGUCAGAUUGGGUCGCUUCUGCUCUAUCCUCUCUUGCGCCUUCCUUCUUCUCCUCUCGGCCCGGGCCUGUCAUCGUGCCGUGGACGCCUCAUUCGCGCGGUGCCAAAUUCCUCAACAUGGUGCCCGUCUCUCUUGCUGACCGUAUGACGAGGAAUUUUGUCAAGAAUGCAAAGGAGAAGAAGGGGAAGGAAGGCAAGUAAGAUGGUAGCUCAGUGAUCUGCGACAAAGUGUAUACCCUUGCGGAUCCAAUGUGUAUUAGUCGACGUGCAAUGGCGG